CUUAUCUUUAAUGUGUCAGUUUAUCUCACUAAUUAGACUCUCACGCUGCAGCGUUGAUGCGGGCGUCUCCUUUCAUCUGUAGUUCACCGUUUUCUUUCCUUUUCGACAGUUCUGUUGGCCUCCUGACUCAACCGUUUCCCCACACACGGCGCUCAGAAAGAGGCGUAACUAUCGGUCCGAGUUCUUGAUGUGCGGAUUUCCAUUGUCCACUUGCUUUUAUCCCAGGAAUUGAGUCUAUGCGCAGCACAGAAAGUAUCUCAAGGCUAGUCGAAAGUACUGAGCUAUGGAAAAGGGAGACACGCCUGCGGUUUUACCGCUAAACCAUACCUCUAUAGACAUUGAGGACCAUGCAAUCAAUUCACCUCGCGGGAACACCGCAGGCACGGCUAGUGAUCUCCAAUCCAUAUCGCCAGAGGAUCGCCCACCCCAGGCAUUUGAAGGAAAGGAUGAGGAAGACAGUGCUCCUUCCUACUCCUCAAACGCAGACCGCGAUACUGCGGUUGUGGUACCAAGACUAAGUCGCAGAGGACUUUUUGGUCAAUUCACGCUGCUGGCGGAAAUUGAAAAUCCAAAAACGUACUCCCGGAGGAAAAAGUGGUUCAUCACCUUCAUUGUUGCAUGGGCAGGAGCAACAGCCCCGAUGGGAAGCGCCAUACUCUUCCCUGCUCUCUCUCAGGUCACCAAAGAGUUGAAUUCCACAACCACCGUAGCGAAUCUCAAUAUAUCGCUGUACAUGCUUAGUAUGUCAAUUUUCCCCUUGUGGUGGUCGUCUUUCAGUGAGAAACUGGGGCGACGGACUAUAUACCUUGUGUCUUUUUGCCUGUUUGUCAUAUUCAAUGUACUCUGUGCCGUUUCCAAGUCGAUGGCCAUGCUCAUCGUCAUGCGGUUACUCAGCGGUGGCGCAUCGGCUUCGGUCCAGGCAGUCGGCGCAGGAACGAUUGCGGACCUAUGGGAAUCGCAAGAAAGAGGCCGUGCUAUGAGUAUUUUCUACCUGGGGCCAUUAUGCGGUCCGUUGUUGGCCCCUAUUGUUGGAGGUGCUCUGGCUCAACGGUGGAGGUGGAGGAGUACGGCAUGGUUUCUAGCAGCUUAUGGAGGAUUAACUGUAGCAUUCAUAUUCUUCGCUCUUCCGGAGACAUUGGUAUCGCCAAAAUCUUCUGCCUCUAUUACGAUGAGUGAGCAGCAGCAUCCGAUUGGGCGCCGGCUGAGUCGAGUUUCUUCUCGUCAGGUCGUCCGGUUUACGACAAAGUGGCUGAAGAUCCUCAAGAUGGUUUUCCUUGACCCAUUGAAGAUCGUGCUUUAUCUGCGGUAUCCACCAGUCUUACUAACGGUUUACUAUGCAAGUAUCACCUUUGGCUCCCUCUAUGUGUUAAAUGUUAGUAUCGAACACACGUUUGGAAGUAGUCCAUAUGGAUUUACUACGAUCAUUGUUGGACUACUUUACAUCCCAAAUUCUAUAGGAUAUGUCGUCGCUAGUAUGUUCGGGGGGCGAUGGAUGGACAACAUCAUGCAGCGGGAAGCCAGGAAGGCGCAAAGAUAUGAUGAGAAUGGCAAUCUAAUCUAUCACCCCGAAGACCGUAUGCGCGAGAAUGCUUGGCUUGGUGCUUUUCUCUACCCCGCUGCGUUGAUUUGGUAUGGAUGGACCGCCGAUCGGGGUGUUUUCUGGCUUGUGCCGAUGAUCGCAAACUUCUUUUUUGGCAUCGGAUCUAUGCUUAUUUUUAGCAUGGCAACGACGAUGUUGACGGAAUUCAUGCCCAAGAAGUCAUCCUCAGGAGUCGCACUAAAUAACUUCAUGCGGAACAUCUUCUCCUGUGUUGGAUCUCUGGUAACCGCUCCUAUCAUCGACGCUAUUGGUAAUGGCUGGCUGUUUACGAUUCUCGGAAUUGUUGCCUUUCUCAGCAGCUCCGUCCUAUUCGCAAUGAAAAUCUUCGGCCCUCGUUGGAGAAAAUCAAUGGAUGCACUCAAGCAUUGACAGCAUUUGUUAACAUUCCUAUGUGGAGGCCCUAGGGGACAUGGGGUUCUGGAACG